GAUUCACUCAGAACUAUUUCCAUCCUUCUGUUCAGAGAAAGUUCUUAAAGUUAGUCAUGGCUAGUACUAUCAUCAAGUUGUUUUCCCUUGUCAUUCUGGUUGUCUUGCUUGCCAAUGCCAAUUCUUCAAAGGCUCAGAGUUCAACUACUGAGUCGACAAUUUCAGCUUCUCCUGGUGUUUUGCCUUACGAGACUUCGCCCGAUAUUUCCUCAUUUUUCCCCACUCCAAGUUCUGAGGCAGAGGCAUCUGCAUCUGCACCGGCCCCAAGUUCAGGAGAAUUGGAUGGCAAGAAGUCUUCUAGUUCAGCAAGGUUGGGUUCUGCAGCUACCUUUGUUGGUAUUCUGCUCUCUAGAGUCUUGAUAAUCAACAUGGUUAAUGUUUGAGCAUGUACCAUGGUAUUUAUUUGUCUUUAAGAGGUUGUCAUUUUCAGCCACUAGUUUAAGUGUUCUUGCUUUCUAUUAAUCCGUAUUCAGUAGUAAUUCGCUGUGUUGCUUGCUU